GCUACUGUAAGACCACGAGCUGCAGGAGACACCUCAGCUUCGCUUUGUAACCGUCCGUAAUCAGGCCCAAAGGUGGCUGGCGAUGGGCGAAUGACUGACUUGCGGUUCGCGGUAGUGCUUCAGUUGCUCCGCAAUCACCUGUCACAGGCCAUCGCCAUCGUCUCCCUUUUGUCUUUCAAUCACAACCCGACCCUCUCUUCCGCUCCGCUCUACCCUCGCAGAUUCGUUACCGCCUGCAACCAAUCGCCGCCUCCACAGGCUUCAAGUCUCCAGCACCCCAAACGCUGCGACGAACCGUCGUCCCCUGCCGGCCGCUUUCCGACCUGCCAGGUCUCGCUCGUCUCAUCAGCCCCCGUGAUUGUCAGUUACCUUAAGGUUGCUAAAUGGCGCGCAAUCGAGACGGCUGCCCAGAUCAGAGCAUCAUAACGGCGAUAAAGUUGUUAUGAAGAAACAAUAAGAGUCUUGGGGUCCCCUACCGGCCCGAAGCCCUCAAUCUCGUUGUCGACAAGGGACGGAACAAUC